CUAUUUGGAGUUACAUAGUGAUAUGUUUCGACAAUAUUUAUCAUGUUUAAGAUAUAUUCAUCACUCAAAAUUUCAAUCAGAAAAAAGAAAUAUAUAUUCAAUAACACUUAUACAUAUAUAGUCGAGAUUUGAGUAAAGAAUGAAUAAUAUUAAAUAGUAGCUUAAGUUUUUGAACUUCUGCCGAUUAUUGCCUUCUAAUUUACGGAUACAGAUAAUAUUUAAAUUAGAUGUAUUUAUAUUUCCUCUAAUUACAUGAGAGUGAAUAAUUAAAAAAAAAGUAGACAGGAGUUGAACUUCGCGUGACAGGCUCACACGUAACCUUAUGCAACUUUAAUAUAUUACAUCGUUCCUAGUAUUAUAAUUGUCAUAAAAAACAAACUUAUUACCAAGAAAAUUAUAGACGUAUAGAAGGUAUUUAAUAUUGAAAACGUAAUAUAAAAGAGUUCAAACGAUAUUUGAUGUUAGUAGAAUUAAGACUAUACCUCAAAAUGUGUCGUAGAGCUUAUUUCAUAUCAGCAACCAUACUUGCGGUAUUUGUCAACAGCGUCACAAGUUCUAGUAAUACAAUAGAUAACUCAACGAAAAAGCCUGCUUUAAGAAUAUCUGAUUUAUUUGACAAAUCAAAAAUGAAGCAUCACUAUCCUGUUGCCUGGACUGAAUUUGACUACAAACCUAUCAUAGAUAAUGACCGCCUUUUUAAAAAGUACAAGGAUUGUAUUAUUGCAGAACAUUUUUAUGGUUGUCCUCGCAUCGUGACCGAGUUCAAAAAACUAAUUCCGGAAAUAAUUGAAAGUCUGUGUGCCAAAUGUCUACCUAUUCACAUCGAAAGAUUUAAAGAAGCAGCCUGUUAUAUUUAUCACAAAAGACGAGCUGAUUUCGACGAAGUUCGACGAUUAAGAGACCCAGAUGGAACUAUACAAGCUAGAUUUGAAGCAAAAUAUGGCGAGCUAGGGUGUUAAAAUUUUUGUUAUUAAAGGCUUUCCUGUACACUCAUAUGUGCCAUUCCAUGAGUCGUGAUACAUCAUUUUUAAAUAAAGCAUAAUAAGCAUAAAACGUGUAUUUAAUUUUGUAUAUUGUCAUUAAAAAUUACUAAUCUCUGUAUGAUCAAUCAUAUGAUGUUCAAGUUCAAAUAAAUUAUGUUCGAGGAAAAACUA